AUGAAAAGCACUAAUCUUCAUAUGUCUAAUAAUUUUCCUAUUAAUUGUAAUGAAUUAAGUAAAAUAAGUAUCUCAACAAAAUGUAGCAUUUCAUAUGGUAAUAAUAUUUUAAAUAGAAAUAUUAAAAAGUGUUUUAAUUUGAAUGAUGAGAAUCAGAAUUUUAAAACGCUUAAAGAUAAAGGUGAAAUUUCAUAUAAUAAUAGAAAUGAACUAAAUGUAAGAAAUGCCUAUAAAGAAUUUAAAAUAUAUAAAACAAUUUCUCAUUACGAUUUUAAUUAUAAUAUAAAAAUAAUUUUCUCAAAAAGUCAAUAUGAUAAAAUAAAGGAACAUUUUUCAGAAAAAAUGAUUAAAAUUAAAUCAAGAAAAUUUAAAAAUUUUAUCAAGUGCAAUUUUCAUAAAGUAAAUAGAAAUAUAGAUGAACAUAUAUAUCACAAAAACUAUAAAAAAAUUUCAUUAAGUAAAAAGAAAAAAAUUAAAAGAUUCAAAGAAAUUUUUCCCUUAAAAAAUAAUAUAGAAAAUGUAUGCAAAUCUAUUAAAAAGAUUCAUGAAAAAUGUUAUAAUUUUAUUUGUUUAAAUAUUUUUUUUUUACAAUUAUGUAACUUAAAAGAAAGUAAGAAUAUAAAAAAAAUAAAGGAAAAUAAUCAUUAUAAUCAAAAAAUAAAAAACUUUAAUGACAUUUAUUCUAUUAAAAAAAGUAUGAAAAUAUUUCAAAAUAAAAAUAUUUUUUUGUUUCUAAAGUUAUACAUAUGUUCUGUUUUCGUAAAAUAUGGUAUGUUUUUUAUACAUCUUAAAAAAAAAAAAAAAAGAAUUAUUUUAAGAAAUAGUACUUCACUAAAAGAAUUAAUAAAAAUAAAAAUACUAUUUAAAUAUAUGAAAUCUCUAAUAAAAAUUAUUUCUUAUAAUAAUGACUACAAAAAUAAGAUUAAUAAUAAUGAUAGGGUUAAUUAUAUUGAAAAUAUUAUUUAUAAUUUUAGAAAAAAAGUUCGUCAUUUUUUUUAUACUCUUUACAAAAUUUACUAUAAUUUUAAGAAUUGUUCUAGAUAUAAAAAACUAUAUAAAAGAUUCACUGAAAAGGUAUUAAACAACUCUAAACUACAAAAGAGAAAUAUAUACUAUGUGUUAAAAAGAAAAAUAAAAAAAAUAAAUUUUUAUAUUAAAAGGAGUAACCAAAAUUUUUUAAAAAUUAAAAAAGAUAAAGUACGACAUAACUAUUUUCAUUACAAUCUAAAUGAAAAAAAAUUUAACGCAAUAAUUUUAAAUAAUAAAGAAUACAAUAUUAAGUGUAAUACAAUUUACAAAAAUUUUAUAAAAGAAAAAGAAUUAUUUUUAAAAAAGAAAACAUUUUUAUAUUAUAUAAAAAUUUUGCAAAAGAAAGAAUAUUUACAAAAAAUUAUUUACUGUAAUUGUAAUAAUAAGAAUAAAAAUAACCAAUUAAAUGAAGAUAAAAAAAAAAGCAAUCAAUCAAAAAAUAAAAAUAAGAAAGAACAAAAACAUAAAAGAAAAGAAGAAAAAAAUGAACACUAUAAUGGGCAUAAAGAUAAACAAAAAAAAAAUCCACAAAAUGAAUAUAAUAAUGCAAAUAAUAAUAAUUGGAGGGAUGCAAAUGACAAUGAUGAUGAUAAUGGUAAUCAUGAAGAUGAUGAAUAUGAAAACGAACGCAAUAUAGAUGAUAAAAAAAAACUAAAGUGUGAAAAAGAAAAACAUAAAUAUUUUAAUAAAAAAAAUAAUUUUAAAAAAGUAAAAAAAAAAACGUAUAAAAUUAUCAGGAAAAAUUAUAUUUUUAAUUUUAAUUUUCCAUAUUAUAAAUUUGAUAAAAAAAUUAACUACAGAAUUUUUGAUACUUCAUAUAAAAAAGUAAAACAAGAAGAAUUACAUAAAAAAAACUUAUUUACAAAAGAAAAAGAUUUCAAUAAUAUAUGUAAAAAAAAAUUAGAUAAUAUUAGCAAAAAGGGAAAAUAUUGUAUCUUAAAAAAAAAGGAAAUUAAGCAAAAUUUUAAUAAAUUUUCAAAAGAGAAUACUAUUAAAGUAGAAAAAAAAAUAUAUUAUGAAGAUUUGAAUAAUGAAAAAAAAUUGAAAAAAAAAUGUGUAUUGAACAGAAUCAUGACUUCUAAAAGAAAAAAUAAAAUUAAAAAAAAUAGAAAUGAAGAACAAGAAGAACAAAAACAAAAAAACGAAUAUGAUGCAAUCGAUAUUUUUAAUGAGGUAAAUAAUACUUAUAAAUGUUAUAAUUAUAAUAACAAAGAUAAAUGUAUAGAUGAGAAGAGAUCGUUUAACGAAGAAAAAUGCUUAAAAAUUGAAGAAAAUCCAAACAAGAAAAAAGAAGAAAAAAAUGUUUUAAAAAAAAAAAUAGAUAGAGAAAUUAAAAAAAUAAAAAAUGUAGAUUAUUUAAAAUUAAAAAAUUCUUCAAAAGAUUAUAAGAUUAUUGAAAUAAUAAAAAAAGAGGGAAAACAUGAAAAUUGUAAACGAAACUCUUUAUUUAUGAAAUCAAACAAUUUAAAAAAAAAUUCCAUUGAUAAAAAAAAACUAAAUGAUUCAAGUUUGAAGAAAGAUAAAAUUAUAUUUGAAGAAUCACUAGAUGAUAUUGAUUUAAAUAAAAUUUCUUUAGAAUACUCAUAUACAGAUAUUUAUAAUGCAACUAAUGGGUUUUGUGAAAAUAAUCUUAUAGGAAAAGGUAGCUUUAGUUAUGUAUAUAAAGGAAUAUUAAACGAAAGUACUAAUGUAGCCGUAAAAGUUUUAAAGCCAAAAAUAAGUAAUGGUUUUUUAAACGAAGUAAAAAUAUUGUCGAAAUUAAGACAUCCAAAUAUAAUUAUCUUAUUAGGAUAUUCUAAAUAUAAAAAUAUAAACAUUCUUAUUUAUGAGUUAUUAAAAGAAAAUUUAAAAACAGCUAUAAAUAAAGAUAAUUCAUUAAAAUGGUUUGAAAGAAUAUCUAUAUGUUUAGAAAUUUUAUCUGCCUUAAAUCAUCUUCAUAGUUCAAAUCCAUCAGUCAUACAUCGAGAUAUUAAAACAGAAAAUAUUAUGUUAGAUAGAAAUAAAUCAGCUAAAAUUUCUGAUUUUGGUUUAGCAUUAUUAUCAAAAAAAAAAUUUAAAAGUUUAAAAGUUAAACAGACUUCUGGAACAAUAGGUUACGCAGACCCUACCUAUAUAUUGACAUCCCUUGUUAAUGAAAAGACAGAUGUAUAUUCAUUUGGUAUUGUUUUAUUAGAGUUAUUAAUUGGAAAAUUUCUAGAAAUACGUAAUAAUAAUAAAACAAAAGAAUUUACAAUUUUACAAUCACAUUAUAAUUUUUAUAAUAUUCUAAAAUUAAUAGAUAGAAGAGCUAAUUAUCCUACUUCUUUUGUUAUUUCUUUAAUCAUUAUUUCACUUAAAUGUAUUCAGAAAAAUUUAUCAUUAAGACCAGAUUUUAAAUGUUUAGUAAAUUUGUUUAAAAGAUUAAAUAAUUGUGCAAAGUGUUAUUUACAAAAAAAAAUUCUUAAAAAAACCUUAUCUCUAAAUAUUGUUAAAGAAAAAUAUUCAAACAGUUAUGAUAAUUAUAUAUGUAUGGAAAAGAGUAACAGAAAAAAUUAUUUUAUUAAUAGUAACGUUAAUAAUAAUAUAAAUAUUAAUAAUAAUAAUAAUAAUAAUAAUAAUAAUAAUAAUAAUAAUAAUAAUAAUAAUAAUAAUAAUAAUAAUAAUUAUAAUAAUUUAAAUAAUAAAAAUAAUAGUAUUAAUAAUUUAAAUAAUAAUAAUUAUAAUAGUAUUAACAAAAUAAAUUAUAAUUAUAAUUUAAAUAAUAAUAAUUAUGAUAAUAGUAGUAAAGUUAACAAAAUGCGUUAUUUAAAUAUUAAUUCAAAAAAUAAAAAUAAUAGUUAUUUUUGUUUACAUAUUAAUAAAAGAAAUAAUAAGAAGAAUUCUUUUUAUUGUAAUAAAAGUAAUUUAUCUAAAAACGUAACUAUGGGUGAUAAAACGAAUUUAAAUAUAAAUAAUAAAGACUAUUUUAAAAAUAAUGAAUAUACAAAAAUUAUAGAUGUCUUUAGUAACAAAAAUGUUAUUUCAAAUUUUUGUCAAAAUAAAAGAACUAGUGUGAAAAAUAUAAAUUUUAAUAUAACUAAUAAUAAUUAUGAUUUUGUAAAUAACAAUAAAGUUAUAAAUACAAAAAAUUAUAAAAAUUACGAUAAUGAAACUAUAGAUAACAGCUUAAAAAAUCAUAUUUAUAAUUAUAAAAAGCAAAAUUUUAUUCUUCAUAUAAAAAAUUGUAAAAAUAAAAAUAACAAAAUAGAUAAAAUUAUUCAUAAUACAAAAAAAUUUAAUUAUAAUUAUAUGCUUCUAAAUAAUUCCAAAUCAAAAACCUUCAAAAGUAUAUAUAAUUUUUAUCUGAAUAGAAAUAUUAAAAUAUACAAAACAUUAAGAAAAAGAAAAAAAACAAAGUCUAACAAAAUAAGAAAGAACAAUUUAAAAUCUCAUAUAAAUGUAUUACAUCCAUUUAAAAAAAUCAGAAAAAAGAAAUAUCUUAAGGAAAAAAAUGUUUUGAUAUUAUACUUUAUAUUUAAAAUUAAUAAUAUUAAAAAUAAGUUCUAUUUCAUAAAAAAAUACCUAUUUCAAAUUAGGGGGAUGUUUUUCAUUAAAUUAUUAAAAUUUAAUAAAACAAAAUUUUAUUUUAAUUUCAAUAAUAUAUGUAACAUAACCAAAAUAGACUUAAACCAAUUUUAUAAUUCAAUUAAAAAAAAAAAUAAAAAAAAAAUUAAGAAAAUAAAAACAAUAAAAAAGAAGAAAAAUAAAAACCUAUGUGAAACUUUUCUUAUUAAGAAUAAUUUAAAUGUUCUAAAAAGAAAAAAACAUAUUUUCAAAAAUAAAAUAAACUUUAAAUUUUUAUUAUUAAAGAAAAUUUUAUAUAAAAUUCAUAUAAUUUAUAUAGCAGGUAAAGAAAAGAAUGUUCUAAAUAAUAAAUUAAAUCAAAAUGUUGAAAAAAUAAAUUAUGAUAAAAUUAACAAUUUUUCAGAAUAUAUAAUCAAUUACAAUAAUAAAAUUAAUUAUAAAAAAAUAAAUGAUAAUAAACAAAUUUUUUUUAAUAAUUAUACUUAUAGUAAUAAUUGUAUUUCUUUAAAUAAUGUAGAAAACAAAGAAAAAUUUGAAACUUUAAACAGUGAAAAUAUUAUUAAAAAUAUAAAAAUAUCUAAUUCUAGUACAAGUGAUAAUCUAAUAAAAAAGCGAGGUUAUGAAGAGUUAAUUAUUCAAAAUAUUAAAAAAAAAUCAACAGGAAAUGGCAAUAAGUUAAUGGAAAAUAAUUCAUUUGAUUAUCACAUUAUAAAAAAUGAAAAUAAAAAUAAUACAUAUUUAUCUAAUGACGGUUACUUUAGUGAAAAAAAAAAGAAAAAAAAAAAAGAAGAAAAAAAUAAUAAUAUAAUAAAAAUAUUAAAUAUGAAAGCUUAUAAAUCUAGUUUCAUUAAUGAUUUAGUACAAGAAAGAAAUGAAAAAUAUAAUAAAUUAAAAAAAUAUAGAAAUAUGAUCAAAAUAAAGAACAACAAUCUUCAUAAAAUACCAAAUAAUUCUGAUAUACAUCCCAUCAAAGGUAAAAUUUCAUCAAUAGAAGAUAAUUCAAAUAAAAGUAAUAAUAUUUUUGAUAAAGUUCGUGAAAUCAUGUAUAAUGAAUCCAAUAUUAAUACUAUUAACUCCUCUAAAAAUAUUAAAAAAAAAGAAGAAGAAACAAUUCAGAAAAAAUUAAAAGGACAAAAUAUGUGCAAUUUUGAUGAAGAAAGGGGUAAAUACAUUACAAAUUUAAAUCAUUCAUUUGAUCAAUAUUUAUUUAACAAUUAUAAAAAAAAUAAGAACCAUUAUAAAAAUAAUAAUGAAAAAAAUUAUAUGAUAUUUAAACAUACAAAAGAGGAAUCUUGCUUUAUAAAAAAAUAUCCACAUAUAAAUGUAACCAAUUUUAAUAAUUUAAGUAUAACAGUUAAUAAAAAAAAUGAUAUAAAAAAUACUAAAUCGAAUAAAUUUUUAGAAAAAACAAAUAUUAUAAAUGAAAAUAUUCAAUCAAAUAAAAAGCAAUUUUUAAAGUUUGUUCUCACAAAAAAAUCCAACAAUGAAAAAAUAAAUCUAUAUAAUAAUUAUGAAGGAACAUACACAAAGGAAUUAAAUAAAAAAGAAAAAAAAAGUGAAGGUGUUGUAAAACUUCAAAGAGAACAUAAAAAUAAUUAUAAAUACAUAGAUUAUUUUUUUUCUUCAAAAAAUUCAGAUGAUAUAAAAAAACAUAAAAUAGUUCCUAAAAAAAUAAGGAAAAUUCAUUUGAUUAAAUAUUCAAAAAAAUCAGAAAAUUUUAAAUUAGAAGAACGUAAUAUACAAAUAUAUGACAAUUUUUUAACUAUUAGUGAUUAA